CUGUAGACCCCAUGCGACGGCGUGAUGUUGUAGGUUGAUACUGGCGUGUUGUAAACGAGAACAUAGUCUGUGAAUCUUCUCUAAUAAGACUGGACGCCACUUAGCAGCUAAAGCACAAAAUGAAAAAGAGCUGGUGGAAGGUGUCGCUGCUGCAGCUGUCCGGUGUCGUCUACGUCCUCCUGCUGCUGUUGGUCCCCGCGUCCUCCCAGUACGACAGAGACUUGAUAAACAGACAGAGAAGGAACGAUGAAGCUCUACAACAACUUAGGAGUAUAAAAAGGCGUGUGUCCUACAGAUACGUGAGCAAGCGUCGGAAGGCCCUCGAGUGCCGAGAGUGGAACCAGUUCUGUGUCCCCUGGUCCUCGGAGUUAGAGCAGACGUGCUGCAACCCUCGCCGGCUGGUCUGUAGAUGCAACCUCUGGAUGCAGAACUGCAGAUGCAUGUCGAGAGCGUGGGGGAAGUGAUGUCACUCGCUGGGACCUUCAUUUCAACCAAUCUGCUCAAAGAUUGUCAAUCUCGUGUGGGCUGUCACGUGACUUCCUGUCGUCUGCGAAGGUGGUGGAGAGGGCGUUAGAGAAACAGACCAAUGUCAGUUAUUUUGUAUAUUUUACAUGUACGGUUAUUGAGAAUACCGACUGUGUUCAAACAGUUUCUAUCGUCUUUGUUCGUUGUGCUCCUUCUGUACAUAUUAGCAACUAUAUGGCAUUAAAUUUGUUUUACAUGCA